ACCAUUUCUUCCCUUCAUACUUUAUAUAUAUGUGCAUGUAUGUGUCAAGCUUUAAGGAGAUAUUACACAAAUCCACAUUCAAUUCAAAUCACUGAAAAUGAUGGAUUGGUAUUCAUGGCUAUCAAAGAGUAGCCUUGAGCCAUCUCUUGUGUAUGAGUAUGGCCUUGCUUUUGCACAUAAUGAGCUUGAAGAAGAAGACAUAGCAUACUUCAACCAUGAAUUUCUUCAAAGCAUGGGGAUCUCGAUAGCCAAACACAGACUGGAAAUUCUCAAGCUUGCAAGAAAAGAGAAAGGAGCCACAACUCCAAGACCAGUGUCAAGACUUCUUUUUGCAAUCAAGAGGACAAAGAGAAGUCUUGCCAAAUAUUUGAGAACUUGGGUUCAUGGUGAAGCGUCAUCAUCAUCAUCAUCUUCAGCUCUUGUUGUUGUUCCUAGGCCUGCUGGUUAUGCAACAAGAUGGAGAGGUGGCAUGUUGAAGAGGAACAAGAAGCUGAUCAUGGCUAAACAAGGGAGAUUGUUGCUCACAAAUGGAAGCCCCACGGUGGUCUCUGGACCUCAGAGAAUUAAUAGUUUUUCAAGUCCAGUGGUUCUUGAUUACCAAAAGGAAGAGAAAUUUGAUGGUGAUGAUGAUGGAUAUUGGUCAACUGGUGUUGAAGAAAUCAGAUGGGAUACCAUGUUUCAAGAUCUCAAACCCACAUAAAAGGUUGCCUUCAUUUUUCAUUUUUUGAUCAAACUUGAUUCAAUAGGGGCAAAUUUUAUUCACUUUCCCUUAAUUUUGCUUAUUCACAUUAAAAUUUUAUCUGGGUUUGUGACAAUUUUCAAAAUUUCAAAAGGGAAUUCUACAGUUUAUGUGUUUAGCCAAAUAAAGGGAGGCGAAUAAAAAAUUUUCCUUCUAAAUUGUAAUGGUGAGAGAUGGGUUUUUAGGGUUCUUCCACCAGCUGUUUGUCAAAGAAGAGUUAUUUGAU